AUGGCUGACACUGUUUCUUCGUCAUAUCCAACAUCAGCAUCACCAAGAAAUCUCGAUCAACAAUUUACUCAACAUCAAUAUGCUUAUCAAGCUCGAGUACAUAGUCCAGGUGGUCAAUUCUAUAAUGCAGGAAAUGGUGCUGAACAACAACUACCAGAAAAUGGUGAACAACAAGUACCUUUAAAUCAGGGUCAAGAAGUUAAUUAUGGUCAACCUGGUUUUGCUGAUCAAAACAAUGCUGGUAUUAUGCAACAAUAUACAGGUGCUGCUGGUCAACUUGCACAACAACAAGGACCAAAUGGUUAUAAAAUUAAUUUUGAUCCUAAUCCACAAAUUAUUCGUAAACAUGCAAACGAUGCUGUAACAUAUAAACAAGAAGUUGCUGUACGAUAUUUACGUCCACCAACACCACCACCACCUGGUCCUUUAAUUAUUAAAGAGGUACGAAAUCCAGCUUUACCUGCUGCUCCACCUAUUGUUAUUCGACAACGACCACCUAGACCUGCUACGCCACCACCACUUAUUAUUCGUGAACGUCCACCACAACCACCAGCUCAACUUGCUCCAAAAUUAAUUACGAAACCUUUACCACCUCCUCCACCACCACCACGGCGUGUUAUUAUCGAACGAAUGCCACCAUUACCACCUAAACCUCAAAGUAUUAUUGUUGAACGUUGGCUUCCAUAUAAACAACAAAAAAGACGUGUUAUUUAUCAAAAAGCACCACCAGUUCAACCACCAGCACCACAAAAAAAUCUUAUUAUUCAAUGGGAAGGUACACAAGCUCGUGUCGUCAAAGAAUUUCGUAAUUUGGGUAUUAUUAAAGCUGAUCCAAAUACUUAUGUACAACAAUAUGGCUCACAAUUACGACCUACACAAGGUUUACCAGAUUUUAUUAAAGGAUUACCUACACCGAAUCUUGGACCAGAAUAUACAGCAGGUGCAAAUCCUGAUCAAAUCGAUCCAGCAUUAUUAGCUGGUACUAGUGCACAAGUAAAUGGUUAUGAAGUUGCUGGUGGUCAAGGUCUUCUUGCUAGUGCAUCAGAUGGUUCAUUGCCUGUUGCUGGACAUCCUGGAUUUAUGCAAGAAAAUGUUCAAUAUGCAUCCUAUGGAAAUGCAGGUGGUCAAAUGCCUGGUGAACAACAGAAUGCAUAUGCAUAUCAACAAACUGGUUAUUCUCAUGAAAGUGCUGUUGAAGGACAACAAUAUGCUGAUCAUCAACAAGGUUUUGAACAACAAGGUCAACAAGGUAAUGGUUUUGUACAAAAUGUACAAUAUCAAACAAUACCUCAAUAUGGUAAUUAA